AUGAUAAAGCUUUCUAAUCUUUUGUUUAUUCUUCCUCUACUUUCAGCCCAGUAUCGGUCGCCGCGCAUCACCGAGCACCCGAGCGAUGCCAUCGUGCCAAAAAAUGACCCGGUGACGCUGAACUGCAAGGCCGAAGGAAAACCGCAACCGGUGAUUCAGUGGCACAAGGACGGCGAGCUGGUCGUGCUCGAUUCGAACCACGUCCUGCUGCCGUCCGGGUCGCUGUUUUUCCUGCGCACGGUUCACAGCAAAAAGGAGCAGGACGACGGCGUGUACUGGUGCGUGGCCAGCAACAAAGCCGGCACCGUGCACAGCCGGAACGCGACGCUUCAAGUUGCGGUGUUACGCGACGAUUUUCGGGUGGAGCCCAAAAACACCCGAGUUGCUGCUGGUGAAACAGCCCUGCUGGAAUGUGGCGCACCGAAAGGAAAUCCAGAGCCGACUAUCUUCUGGAAAAAAGACGACGUCCAAAUGGAUCUAGAUGACUAUCGGAUUAGUAAAGAACUGGCGCGGGUGCGGGUCGUGGACGGUGGUAAUCUACUAAUUAGCGACGUUCGUUCCGGUGAUGCUGGCCGUUAUCAGUGCAUCGCACAAAACAUGGUCGGCUCACGGGAAAGCAUCUACGCGAAACUCACCGUGCAAGUGAAACCAUACUUUCUGGCGAAACCGAUCGACGUCACCGUGCUGGAGGGACACCGGGUGCAGUUCCAGUGUGCCGUCGGAGGAGAUCCCUUUCCGCAGGUAUUGUGGAGCAAGGAGAACGGACACAUCCCGGUCGGGCGGGCCGACAUCCUCGAGGAGGACCGCAGUUUGAUAAUCCGGAAUGCCACGCUCGAUGACCGGGGGCAGUACAUCUGCGAGGCGCACAACGGCGUCGGUCAGAUCAGCGCCCGGGCUAAUCUGAUCGUUAACACUCCGCCAUAUUUCACCGUUCGUCCUCAGGAUCAGAAAGUCGUUCCCAACGGGGUCGCGACGUUCCGUUGCGCCGCCACUGGCAGUCCUCAGCCAUCAGUUUUCUGGACUAAAGAGGGCUCGCAGACGCUGAUGUUUCCCAAUAAUACCUACGGUAGCAUCCAGAUAUCCGGUCAGGGUUCCCUGCAGAUUCGAGGUGUUCAACGCGAGGACGACGGUUACUACGUUUGUUCAGCUCUCAGUGUGGCUGGAUCGACGACCAGUCGUGUUUAUCUACAGGUGGCCUCCUCCCUGGAUUCCAUUACACCGCCCUUGCUGCAGCAGGUACCCUCCAAUCAGUCCCUUCCGGCCGGCACCAGCACCAUCCUGCCCUGUCGGUUGGCAAACUCCUCCGACGGCAAUGCACAUAUCGUCUGGGAGCGCAACGGAAUCGAACUGAACACCCCAACCACUGCCAGACAAACUCAGCUGCAGGGAGGCUCACUCAAGCUAGACGAUCUGCAAAAGCAAGACAGCGGUUGGUACCGCUGUGUGGCUCGAUUCGGAAAUGCGGGCUCGACAACGAAACAACUGGCAUCCUGGAGUGCGUACUUGAUGGUCGAAGACGGUCUACCGGCCGUCCAGCAGCGCACAUUCAGUGCUGAUUUCGCGCCGUCGGCGCCCGGUUCCCCAAGGGCUCUGAACAUCACCAACAGCAACAUCACCCUAGCCUGGCCCGGGCGCAGUCAGCAGGAUUCCGGCAAAUCCCGUCCGACAGCGUCGGUCCCCCUCACGUACACCAUCGAGCAAUUUAGCACGGACAACGAAGGCGACUCGGGCUGGAGCGUAGCCCUACGGCAGAUUGCCGGCAAUACUGCCACCGUCACCGGACUGUCACCGGAAACGACUUACCUGUUUGUUGUUCGAGCGGAAAAUGCGUACGGCGUCUCGGCCCCAUCUGGCCUGUCGGCACCGUUUCGCACCUUAUCGUCGGAUGAUCGCGUCAGCGUGCCGGAGGAAAUGGAGAGCGCCCGGAACGUUCUCAGUGGGAAGAUCCUGGAGCUGAUCGACAUCGUCCCGCUGUCGUCCACUUCCGUCCGGCUGGAGUGGCUGCUGCACGUCAGCAGUUCGGAACAAUUCGUCGAAGGUUUCUACGUGCGCUACCGGGAGCUGGACUCCGCCAAUCAACGCUACAGCAUGCUGUCGAUCCCGAACAACGAAAUCGAAAGUCACAUAAUAUCGAACUUAAGCAAAUUUACCAAAUACGAAUUUUUCCUAACACCAUUCUUCAAGAACCUGGAAGGUCAACCGAGCAACGCUCGGAUCGUGCAAACGAUGGAGGAUCUGCCUUCGGCAGCGCCGGUUAACAUUCAAACGGGAAUGUUUAACCUUACCGCCGGUUGGGUGCGAUGGAGUCCACCGCCGAAGGAUCACCUCAACGGGGUUCUCCAGGGGUACAAAAUUCAAGUUAAAGCUGGUAACAUUUCCAAACUGCUGGCACAGAUGACACUGAACGCCAGUUCAGCAUCGGUGAUGUUGAAUAAUCUCACGACCGGUUCCAGCUACGGAAUCCGAGUGGCGGCUUUCAAUCGAGCAGGUUUAGGACCGUACUCGAAACCGGUUCAUUUGGUGAUGGAUCCAUCGUUUGUGAUCGUCCCGCAGGGAGUGCACAACAGCUACAAUGAUUAUGAAGAUUACAGACAUCACAACUUCUUGCACGAAACGUGGUUUAUGAUUUUUGUGGUGCUGUCGCUGUUUGUGAUUCUGCUAUUUACCAUUAUUGGAGGAGUGAUAUUCUUCAAACGACGACAGGGUCUGGGCAAACCGGUCGUUACGGUUCCAAUCGGUGCAAGACGUGAUAUUCCUAGCUUAAACGUUGUGCGAAAGGACAACGGAAUCUGGAUUGAUCGCGGCUGGCGUACUUGUGAUACCGAUAAGGAUUCGGGUCUGAGUUCCAUUAAACUGUUGGAAGGCAAUCAUAUCUAUCCGAACCAAGCACUGUCGGAUGGAGGCACCGACUACGCAGAGGUUGAUCCUAGAGGUGUAACUUCAUUCUACAAUUGUAGAAAGUCACCGGAAAGUCCUACUCCAUAUGCCACCACUAUGAUCAUCAACGGUAUUCCUCACAGUGAUAACGGCGAUCUAAGCUUCCAAGGUCACGAUACUUUUUCCUCAACGGCUUCCAGUUUUCGUUCGUUCUACGGUUACCCAAGGCCACUGAACAGCAACCAAGUUCCUCCAAACUGGGUGGACUACCUGCCACCACCACCGGAGCAUCCUCCACCGACACCGCAGCAGUUGGACAUCGCACACCUAAAUCAUGUCUACCCGGCAGACCAGCGGGUCGGUUCCAUCUCUAGUUCCCAGGGUUCCAGUUCCUACUGUUCCCGCCACACCGGCGGCUACAAGUGA